ACAAUGCGGACCCUUUGCCUCUGCGUAGCUUUUUGUCUACUAGAUCGAGAUAGACGCGUAAAAUUUGAUACGGGAAUUAUUGUAUUAGAUUGUGCUUGCACGUGCGCAGCGUGACGAAUGCGAUAAUGUUCGACGCUGGCUCCGACGAACAAUCGCAUUCCACAUGAAUUAACCAUAAUGAAGACACGGUUAUGAACUCUAUGGUAAUUUUGCGCCUGCGGCGGUUCGAUUUGACGUAGCUGUUACGACUCCCAAUGGCUACAGUUUGCGGCUAAAUGGAGGGUGCUGCGAACUAACAGUAUCGGUAGCAGCCAAAAUUACGGUACGAUUGCAUUGAUAAAUUGUAAUGAAAGCCCAAAUCCGCUUACCGGCCGACCGGCUGCCCAUUUCCUGGGACAUUGCAUUUGACAAUGAACUAAUGCGAACCUAAUAUUGAAACUGGUAUUCCGUGAUGUAGGAAAACUAGACUAGGAACAUAAAUUUAUUUCACUCAAUGGUCCUAUUUUCCAUUUUAAAAUGUUCGUGUAUUUGUUGAUAGCAACGACGUAAUGCAAAUUGUAUGUACACCACCACGCGUCACAAAUGACGUCGCGUGCUCUCUCCAUAAAUCCCCCGAGGCCUAGGCUUUGCCGGAUAUCGCUUUCCUCAGCGAAACGCGCUAAUUGUUAAUCACAGAACUUCAAGUGAACGUCGAUAACGAAAAAAGAAAAAAGCACCUUAAGGCUUUCUACUUAACAACAGAUCAUUUUAGGUAAGUAAAAAAUAUGAAACAACGAGGUAGGUAUGUUUGUGCUUAAAGUAAUGUUUUAAGAAUCCUAUUCAGUCGGAAAAGUAUGUAAAUUAUGGCAAAUGCAGCAUUCAGGAAAUACGACGCUGACAAUCCACAAUUUGCAACAAAUAAUAAUCGGUUAGUCACGCAAAGACAUUUAAUUCAUGCCAAUCCUCAACAGCGCGCACCCCUCGGCAUGUCGGAAGCGUAGUCAUCGGUAGCGAGUGUCCUUGGCAGCACGACAUCAAUGAAAUUUUAUAUUCGGUCCACCAUAACCCAGUUAUCGUAAUAUGAGCGUUAAAAAAAGUUGCAAGUACGCCAUCCCUCAGUAACGAAACGGAGGGCGAAUGUACUCGUAGUACCAUUUGCCCGCCCGUCGCAACCGCACAACUAAAAACGGUAUCAAUUAAAUAAAGAAACAUGUGCCAUUGAAUGUGUAAUAAAUGUAUGCUCUACAAUGAGCUUAUUUGUUGACUUGCGGCACAUCAAAUCUUCAGUAUCAAACUUGUCAGAGAUGGUUGACAAAAUAUCGACAUCAGUAUGUAAAGAUAAAAUUCAAAAGGAACGCAAACAAAGUGUAGACUCAGCUCUGUACGGUAGUUCUAUAUACAAACCGACUACGUUGGGAUUUGGAGUGCGGUUUUCACAAAGUCAAGAAGAUAUAUUCAACGACACGCCUUCAUCUCGACUACGCAGUCACAUGUCUCUUCCGAAUUUAGGCAAAAAUGAAAAAACGUCUACACCGCGGACGAAGAUUGUGGAAAUAAACGGUGAAAAUAAUGCAAGUGGAAAUAAAAAUACUAUUCAAAUAUCUCCUGACAACAUCAACGACUGGAUUAUUGCAACUUUGAACAAACGUCCUCACUUCGAUGAUGGUGGACAAACGCACCCCGUAGAUUUUAUAGAAAGCAUCAAAUAUUAUAUUUCUGUGCUAAAUAUGGAUAAUGAUCGGAAAAUUAAUUUCAUUAUAUCGUGCCUCGAAGGUUUGCCGCUAAUGUGGGCGCGUUGCUUCAGAAACGAGUUUCAGGAUGUAGAAGAUUUUUAUGAAGCUUUUGAGCAAGAGUUUUGGGGUCCCGAUAGGCAAAAGUCUAUUCUUUGUGACAUGAAAUUAGGGAAAUAUGACGAAAAUAAAUCUCGAAUGACCAUGUCAGAAUAUUUUCUGUUUAAAGUGUCAAAUUACAAACAUUUAAGCCCGCCUCCGUCUGAUUUGGAGAUUGUUUAUUCAUUGGCUGCACAUUUCCCUUCUGUUGUGGAGUUGGAGCUUCGCCUGACACCGAAACCUACAUUACGGGAGGCAUACAGUUUGCUCCGUCGGAGGGAAGGCGAAGCGAAUGACUUUCUCCCUAAUUACUUGUACGAAAUGUGCGAAACGUUCCAGCGCGGCUCGCGAUCUGAAUCAGCACGACGUCCUGAAGAACAACCUUCUAGCAGCGGAGAUGAUAAAAAUAAACCUAAGAAAUAAUAUUCGCCACAGAAUAUUAAAACCCAAAAAUGUAACAUGUGUUUCCAAAUUUAGUUUACUUAAGUAACUAAGUUAUGUAUGCAGUUAACGUAAGAUAAAUGUAUUGUCAAUCGUUCUCUGGAAUUUGGCAGACGCUCUCUCCGCGUCUCGAUUUUAUUUCAGGUAGAAAAUAUGCAUAAUUAUUGUUGUAAUAAAGCAUUCCAAACCAAAGUUUGAACAAAGAAUAAGUGGUUAUAUCAACAUUGUCACAUGUUAUUAAAUAAAUAUUGAGUUAUUUAGUGAUUCUUUUUAUUUUAUUUUAAUUAAAUAGUUAGUAGAUUUCGAUGAUAAGUGUUAAGUAGUUAUCUAAUCCCAUAUAUUGUACUAACAUGAUACACGUGGAACGCAAGUGAAUUUCUUAUUACCAGAAUCACCACCACAAUAAUUAGUUAGGAUCAACAGUUCAUUAGGACCUCUGUAAAUAAUUUUUCAUACCAACGCUCGUACGGCGAAAUGCCUACUAGCAGCACCUUUUUGCUGCCGAGCAGUCCACAGUAGUACCUAUCUACUGCUGUGUUCCGCUCGCAAGGAUAUCUUUGCUGAUGUAUACGGUCACAACCUAGAGUAUACGCUUCACGGCCUCAGGUUAAUGGACAUUAAACACUUUAGUUUAAGUAGCACUUAGGAUUUUUUAUGUUCUUUAAUACGCUGCAAAUUGCUGUAGAUACCUACUAUUUAUUGGCGAUGGUUGUCCUUUAUCUGCGUUGUAUGCAGAGGCGUUUUUAACUCACGUAGCGCCCGGGUGCAAUAAUCACCCUCUAGCACUCUCUAGUACCUAGGCGUGCUGAGCACUGUUAAAGUGUAACUGUCUGGGUAGCAAACAUCUAAAUUCAGAUCCUUCUACUGUUUUAAUUUAUGAAGAAAUAUAAAUAUACAAAAAAAUAUAAUCAUUUUGAUUGAUAAGUAUGUAUGUAUCUAUCUACCGCGCCUGGGUGCAGUUUCACCUAAGUGAUGACCUAAGGGCACUCGGGCGCCCCUGAGAUCGCGGCGCCCGGGUGCAUUGCACUCCUUGCACCCAAGGUAAAGACGCGUCUGGUGGUAUGAAAAAAUCUUAUUUAUGUCGUGACAAAUAUAUUACGAGAGAAUAAUACUAAAGUCCGAACU